ACGAUCGCUUGUGUUUUUAUUGGACCCGAUCGACUUACAUCCGUGAUGCUUUUAGGGCCGUCACGCUCCGCCGCUCGCGCAGGCGUGCGUCGUCUAGGUCUGACGUCGGUCAUCCAUGCGCCGGCUGAGCGGUCCUUCUUGUGCGCAGGCAACGCGCUCCGGGGUCUGCAGCAGCCUUAUGCGAGUGUCUUCCGCUUGAACUCGACGGACGCUGUUGCCGCAGCUUCUGCCGCCGUGUCAACUGACGCUGCAGCUUCCAAAACAGUCACUUCAAAGCGCCGCAAGAGCAAGAAAGCGAAAAAGACAGUAGCGACAACUUCUUCUGCUGUAAAGGUGGAGGAAAAUGUGCCGAAUUCAAAGCCAGCAGCGCCGAAGAAGAAGUCCAAGACGAAGCAGCGCAAGCCAAUGACACAGAAGGAGAUUGAGGAGGAGAUGCUGACCAGAGCAAUCAACGGUGACGCUAAGGAAACAGCAGCAGCUGCUGUAUCUACACAGACCCCGAAGAACGACAAGCAGAGCGACACUUCAACGGAAAAGCCUUCAACCGAGACUGCAGUGGUGCCGGCCAAGGAACCUAUGCCUCUAAAGAGUCUGAAGACAGAGAAAAUUACCACGACUUUGCAAGAAAUUGCUGCGUUGCAAAAGACGCUACCGAGUGAGAAGGAGAUUGCGUCUCUGAUCACGAAGCUCCGUCGGGUGUCGUUCGAAAAUGCGCACAAACUCUUCGACUUGUACCGCAAUUUUGGCAAUCCGUAUCUGGACGAAAACUUCUUGACCCCUGGAGUGUUAGCGUGCUGCGAAGCGAAAAAGCCAGCGGAGGGUAUUCUUAUUGUCCGGGAUAUGCUUAGUCAGGGGCGGAAAGUGGACGAGUCUACGCUUCGCACUCUGUUCCAUGCAUGUGACAAGGCUUCGGCUGCUGUAGAAGUGAUUAAGCUCUGGGAUCUGAUGGACAAGGCCGGUAUGAAGCUGGAACUGGCAGAUUACAACCGUUUUCUCGAUAUUUGUUACCGCCAGGAGUAUCUGGAUGGUGCUGUGAAGGUUCUAAAGCAGCUUCGCCUACUACGCCCGAUUUCAGUGCACACAUACAUGCACUGGCUGCUGCGUGCUUCAAUUGUGUGGCGCUCUGACGCGUUUUUCGACAUUCUGAUGGAGAUGCGACUGUCAGAAGUUGAGCCGGAGAUCAUGUCGCUCACCUCGCUGGAGUCUGGACGUAAGGAUCGUGCUCUGACGGUGAUGGAGGGAGUGCGUGCAGUUGGACUAGACCCUUGCUUUGCGAUGUCGUCGGUGUUCUCGUCGAUGCAGGCUUCUGUGUACCAGAAUGGACCGAGUUACCAGACUAUAACGAAGCAGGCAAUCAAGAACGCAAGGGAGAAGUUUGGCGAUCUCAAACCGAUCGAUUUGGAGUGGCCUGUGGCUCCGACCCCUCAGGUUUUGGAGACUCAGGCAGCAGGUCUGCUACUUCAGCAAGAAACAUUCCGUCGGUUAAAGCGGCAGCAAGUGAAGCACAUCGAUAAACUCCUGGAGAUGCUUCCUAUCACGACCAACAUGACCAUCAACCUACGCAAACAACUGCUGCGUAUGUCGUUGCUGGUUAACACGCAUCGUGUCCGUCGUGACAGGGACACUAUCAGCAAGGAGUAUGACAGCGGCCGCAGCCUAAUCGAGCUGUCGACAGUACACAACUAUCCGCCUGUGUCGCUUAUGCGAGUUAUCCUUCGCGCCAAGGGCUUGAGCCAGGUUCAAAUCAAGAACUCUUUGGCAAGACCCUCUGAGAAGCUCUCAAAGCGCGACCAGCAUGAACUGCGCAAGGCUAUCGAGUACGACAGCAUUCACAAGAGUGACCCGUUAAUUGGAGCCCCCAAGUACAAUGCCGACUCGUUGGAGCGUGCCAUUGAACACUUCCUCAAGGCCCAGGGAAUCCGCUUAAAAACGCAAGCGGAGCUAUGCGCAGAUCAGAUUGAGACCCAUGGCCGUCGUGUCAUCUCGCCGGAUAUUUUGCUGCUAGACCCCGUGAUUAUUAACGGAGUGCCCAUCCGGUGGAUCGACGCCAAGAACUACUACGGCGCCCACAUUGUGAGCAAGCGACUGAUCUCAACUCAACUCUCGAACUAUGUGAAGGAGUGGGGUCCCGGUGCUAUCGUCUUUGGCAUGGGAUACAGUGAUAUGUUCUCACUACCAGGUGUCGUCUGCCUUGACACGACGCCGUUCCCCAAGACACGCAAGGAGGCAGCCAAGGUCCGCGUCAAGUCGUUCCUGUACUCGUGCUUGAGCGUAUUCCGCUGGAAGAAACAUCUGGGCAGCGAGUUGACGCGAAAAUACCCCAGCGAGACAGCAGCCAAGCCCUCUACUUCGCAGUCCUCGUAGAUAGAUCAAUGACUUCAACCACUUGACCAUGGUUUUCGGUCCCAUAUAGACGAAAUCUGUCCCAUGUAUCUUUCAUGCAUAGUGAUUCCAAGCCAAA